AUGCUAAAAAUUGUUAUUCCCACAAUACUACUUGCCCCCCUUAUAUGAUUCUCAAAACCCUCCAUAAUCUGAAUCAACCCCUCAGUUCACAGUCUGUUAAUUAGCCUAAUUGUUCUUUUCACAUUAAAUCGUCCCACAAAUACAGAUCUAAUUUUUUCGCUAGCUUUCUUUACCGAUCCUCUAUCCUCCCCCCUAUUAAUUCUUACAGCAUGACUCUUACCCCUUAUAAUUAUAGCAAGUCAGAGCCAUCUAACCCAUGAACCAUUAAUUCGAAAAAAACUGUACAUUCUUAUAUUAAUCUCGCUACAAUCCUUUUUGAUUAUAACCUUCUCUGCUACUGAAUUAAUUAUAUUUUAUAUUCUAUUUGAGGCUACCUUAAUCCCCACACUAAUUAUUAUCACUCGAUGAGGGAACCAAGCUGAGCGAUUAAAUGCAGGAUUAUAUUUCCUAUUUUAUACCCUAGUAGGUUCAUUACCCUUACUAGUAGCAUUAAUCUAUAUUCAAAAAUCUACAGGAUCCUUAAACUUUAUCAUCUCAUUAUACCAGUCACCUAACCUCUCCAUAUCCUGAACAAAUGACAUUUUAUGAUUAGCAUGUAUAAUAGCUUUUAUAGUUAAAAUACCCUUAUAUGGUCUUCACCUUUGAUUGCCAAAAGCUCACGUUGAAGCCCCCAUUGCUGGUUCCAUAGUCCUAGCUGCUAUCCUACUAAAACUUGGCGGAUAUGGUAUAAUCCGAAUUUCAACUUUUCUACAUCCUAUUACAUGUAAUAUAGCGUACCCCUUUAUUAUGUUAUCGUUAUGAGGUAUAAUUAUAACAAGCUCAAUUUGCUUACGACAAACAGACCUAAAAUCCCUCAUUGCUUAUUCAUCAGUAAGCCACAUAGCACUAGUAAUUGUAGCAAUCAUAAUUCAAACUCCUUGAAGCUUUAUAGGAGCCACAGCACUAAUAAUUGCCCACGGACUAACAUCUUCCAUAUUAUUCUGCCUAGCAAACACUAAUUAUGAACGAAUCCACAGCCGAACUAUAACUUUAGCUCGAGGCUUACAAUCUAUUCUCCCCUUAAUAGCAACAUGAUGAGUUUUAGCUACCUUAACCAAUUUAGCUCUCCCACCUUCUAUUAAUCUAAUUGGCGAGCUAUUCAUUAUUAUAGCAUCAUUUACUUGAUCAAAUAUUACAAUUAUCUUAACCGGACUAAAUAUACUAAUUACAGCCCUCUACUCACUAUAUAUGCUAAUCAUAACACAACGAGGAAAAUUUACAUACCAUACAUUAAAUAUUAGUCCCUCCUUUACGCGAGAAAACACGCUCAUAUUUCUUCACAUUUUCCCACUUAUUAUUUUAUCAACAAACCCCACUAUUAUUCUGGGUCAAUUAUACU